AUGGCCUCGGACCUGGCCCUGCACAGCGCCGACCUGCCCACUAGUCCCCUGGCCAUGGAAUAUGUUAAUGACUUCGAUCUGAUGAAGUUCGAGGUGAAAAAGGAGCCGGUGGAGACGGACCGCAUCAUCAGCCAGUGCGGCCGCUUGAUCGCCGGGGGCUCGCUCUCCUCCACCCCCAUGAGCACGCCGUGCAGCUCGGUGCCCCCCUCGCCCAGCUUCUCGGCCCCCAGCCCGGGCUCCGGCGGCAGCGACCAAAAGACCCACUUGGAAGACUACUACUGGAUGACCGGCUACCCGCAGCAGCUCAACCCGGAGGCCCUGGGCUUCAGCCCGGAAGACGCCGUGGAAGCGCUGAUCAACAACAGCCACCACCAGCUCCAGAGCGCGGCGGCGGCGGCGGCGGCCGGCUUCGAAGGCUAUGCCAGAGGGCAGCAGCUGGCCGUGGGCGGCGGAGGAGGCGGCGGGGGCGGCGGAGGAGGCGGCGGCGGCGGGUCGGGGGGCUCCAUGCCCCCGGAGGAGAUCGGCUCGGCGGCCGCCGUGGUGUCGGCGGUGAUCGCGGCCGCGGCGGCACAGCAGCAGCAGCAGCAGCAGAACGGCGGCGGGGGCGGCGGCGGCGCGCCCCACUACCACCACCACCACCACCACCCGGCCGGCGGCCACCACCACCACCACCAUCAUCCGCAGCCGCAGCCGCCGGGCAGCGUGCAGUCUUCGGCCAGCAGCACCAGCAGCAGCAGCAGCGGCGGCGGCGGCAGCGGCGGGCUGGGCGGCGGGGGUCUCCACCACCACCAGCCGCCGCCGCACCACGGGGGCUUGCACUUCGACGACCGCUUCUCGGACGAGCAGCUGGUGACCAUGUCGGUGAGGGAACUCAACCGGCAGCUGCGGGGCGUCAGCAAGGAAGAGGUGAUCCGGCUGAAACAGAAACGACGGACCCUGAAAAACCGAGGCUACGCGCAGUCCUGCCGCUUCAAGCGGGUCCAGCAGCGGCACGUCUUGGAAUCGGAGAAGAACCAGUUGCUCCAACAAGUGGAACAUCUGAAGCAGGAGAUCUCCAGGCUGGUCCGGGAGAGGGACGCCUACAAGGAAAAAUACGAGAAAUUGGUCAGCAGCGGGUUCCGGGAAAACGGAUCCAGCAGCGACAAUCCCUCUUCUCCAGAGUUUUUCAUGUGA